AAGGUAAACGUCACGCAGGUUAUCGCGUCUCAUUUCUCUUGAACCUCCGUAAUAAUCUUCUCAGCGCAGUUCAAUUAAGGUCAGCAAACCCUAGUCUCUCCAUCCAUCCCUCCCUCCCUCUCGAUCUAUCUUGGAUCGAACUCUUCUCUUUAUUAGUCACCCUGUCAUUUUAUUUAGAUUACUAGCGAAGUGAAAUGGCUGGCGGUAGGGUUGCUCAUGUGACCUUGAAAGGACCAAGUGUUGUCAGGGAGCUUUGUAUUGGAUUUGCACUUGGCUUGGUUGCUGGUAGUCUUUGGAAAAUGCAUCACUGGAACGAGCAGAGGAAAGUGAGAUCAUUUUAUGACUUGCUGGAAAAAGGUGAGAUCAGUGUUGUUGUGGAAGAAUAAAUUAUGUCCUAUUCCCCUGCCUCUGCCAUUGUGUUAUGGACAGCUUCAGAAGUAUUCUGUUUUGUCUCCCAUGUCAUAAUUUUAAGCUGUGGGUGCUUAGCCUUCAGACUUUGAAGAAUAAAUUUCUUGUUUGAGAUGUGCAGCACACAAUUGUUUUACAUGAAUGUGUGAAGUUAAUGCCUUUCACUCUGUCA